AUGAAGAGGUACAUCGAGCUGGCCGGCUUUGGUAUCGGCUGUACGGGUUGGCUUUGCUCCAUCCUCACCAGGUUUUUACCCAUGUGGAACAUUACCGGUCCUACGGACAACGUCACCACGGUCUCUGUUCCAAUGUACUGGGGCGGUAUUUGGUUGAGCCUGGAGGAGCACAACAAUCUACACUGCAGUUUCUAUCAGUCCAUGAUGUCUUUGUCUGGAAGCUUCCGUUCGUGGCAAGCGCUCCUGACAGCGGCCAUUUGUGUCGGACUCUCCCCCGUCGUCCUCUACGUCGUGGGACUGGUCAAGUUUCCGCAACGUGUACAGGUCAAAGCAGCCUCUGGAGCUGCGUUUUUGGUGUCUGGGCUACUGCUGUUGGUGGUGAGCGCCUGGACGACACACAGCACAGCCGAGUCACUUAACAGUGCUCUGUCAUUAAAGAGAGAGUGGGGGAUAGCUUUGUAUUUUGGAUGGGUAGGUACAGCUCUACUUAUGGUGGGCGGAGGAGUGCUUUGCAUCAACUGCUGUAAAGCAGAACAGCAGGACAAUGAACAAAGGCAAGAAGGUCAAAGAUACGAUGACGGAGCCAGUUAUCCUCUCCAGAAUUACGCCACCCAAGAUCGACGUCUCCCUUAUCCUGAAAUACCCACCGUGUUCUGA